AUGGUCCGUCCAAUACGACAACUACUGCGGCCCAUCUCCAACACCGCACUCAUCCCCCGGCCUCCUCUCCGCAUUGCCACGGUCCCAGUCCCCAAACGACCCAUCUCCGCCUCACCACUCCUCUCCAACAAACCCCUCCCCCCGCGCCUGAAGCUCGACGAUGCCGACAUAACACUCUCCUACCUCAAGGGCACAGGCCCGGGAGGGCAAAAAAUUAACAAAACAAAUUCCGCCGUGCAACUAAUCCACCGGCCCACCGGCAUCGUCGUGAAAUCUCAAGCCACGAGAUCGCGCGCGCAGAAUGAGAAAUAUGCGCGCCAGAUUCUUGCUGAUAAGGUCGAGCAAGCCCUGAGGGGUGAUCAGAGUCGUGUCGCGCUGAAGGCAGACCGCGAGCGGAAGAAGAAAGCGAGUAAGGUAAAGAAGAGUCGGAGGAAGUAUCGGGAGUUAGAAGACGGGAAGAGUGCAGAGGAGGAAGUAGGGGAAGAAGAGAAGGGGGAACCAGUGUUAGAUGGGGAUAAUGAGCCUGCAACGAAGGAGUCAGGGUGA